AUGCGCGUCGCGACGGUUUACGUAGCUGUCGGGCUUCUCGUCGUUGUCUCCGCCAACAUUGGCAAGAUCGGCGAAGGACGACCAGGUGGAAGGUAAGUAUAGCUUCUUUUAAUUAGUGCUCAAUAGGUUUGGAAUUAGAAAAAUCCUUAACUGGAAUGGAUAAUGUCAUUUAAUAAUCGCAAAAAGCACUGUUUCCAAAAAAGGAUAUGCCAAAAGCUCUCUCAAAUAUCUUUUUUUCCUGUCUCCACUGGUCACAUUUGAACGCUUCGAUGUUGUAUGAAUACAUUUUUUUUUAUCCGAAAAAAAAGGAGAAGAGCUUUAAAAUAAGACUUGGAAGAGAAAUCGCAAAUUUUUCAAAGAUAGAGAGAAUUAUUGCGUCGAAUUUUGAAGAAAUAAUCUUAAGAUCUAACCUAACUUUUGCAGAUUUGAUCUGAAAGUUUCAUACCACAAUAGCUAAACAAUGAAGUCUUCAAAAACAUCUUUAGUUUUUUUUUAACCUUUUUUUUCUUUUUGAUGUCUGAAUGAAUGAAUGAAUGAAUGAAACGAAAUGAAACUGACUGAUCGAAAAACUCGGGAAAAAAAUCAAAGCGGUCAAGAGAACCCUUACACUUCAUACCAUCUCAAAAAAUCACCUUUUAUAAAAAAUGCGAUCAAAUUGAAGUGCUGGUGUGGAUGAAACGGUGGCCAACACGACUACCACAAGCAAGCCAACCGGCACUACGACGACAAAGAAGCCGACGAAAACAACGACACAAAAAACGACGCCAACAAAAGCUCCCGUGACAACUACCACGGCUGACCCUUCCAUUUUGGGCUGUAAUAACCCAUUGCGAGCAUUGUGAGUCUUAUUUCACCUUAGAAAACUAUCAAAAACGCGCCGUAGCGCAACAGGUUGUGUGCCUGUCUUCGGUUCAUGGGACCACGAGUUCGAUCAUGGCAGCGACUCAACCAAGGUGUUUAAGAAGCUUUGGUAGUGGAAAAACCACGGCUGCACAAGGCGAAUAUAUGACUAGAACUAGUCCAAUGAUUAUCACUGAUAUCACGAUAGUACCGUGCCUCAUCGACUUGGUCCUCAAGCGGUACAAAGGCGUAAGAAGAAAAAUAAGAAGGAGAAAAGUAAUAUAAAAGCUACAGACAACCUCUUCACGUAAAUAUUUCUUUCUUCACCAAGAAACUCGUGAAUCAAUAAUUUCCAUGACAAAAAGAAACCUCAAGAUCGCCUUUCGAAGAAAAAUAUGAUUUGAAGUUGAUUUUUCACCUUCCCUACGGCUUUGGAAGUCGUGUCAAACAUUUGGUUGAUUCUGACAUCAUCACGAAAGUUGGAAUUUUUUGAAAAAAAAGCUGUAGUGCUUCCUUAUUCUUGAAAAUGUUACUGAAGUGAUCGCAGUAUAUACUAAAGAUCCUCUUCGAAGAAUCUUAUCGAAAUCGGCAAGUUUCAGUUCUUUGAAAUUCAGGCUUUUUUUCAAUUAGUUUUCUCAGCUUUUGCCUCUAGUGUGGUCAUUUUUUAAACCAGGCUUGUGUGAGGGCCAGCAUAUAUAUAUAAAUAACCGAUGGGCCCAUAUAUGUAAAAAGGAAAAGUUCCUUUGAGGAUCCUGAGAGGGAGCUAGAAAGGUCCCUUUGAAAGCUCCUAAAAUGAUGUGAAAAAGUUUUUGAGCUCCUUUUUAUAGCCUGAUCAAACUCAUUUAUAAAUCCUCUCGAAUCUUUUCCGUUGCUUUCCAGAAUCUAUUCUGUUAAAGGAUGUGAAAAGAUGCAGAAAUGAAAAAAAUGAGAUAAAAAAGAUCUGCUAGGGACCCUUAAACGGUUUUUUUUGAGAAACGCUUUUGAGUACAAUUUUUUCAAGCUAAAUAUCAGACUUUUUCCGAUAGAAAAAAUGACGCUUUUGGUUAUUUUUUCACUUUUAUUUCAACAAAAACGGUGAUUCGAGGAUGAAAAACUUUGCACGAAGACUGACGGCACCGGCAGGUUUUUUCAAAAAAGAGGCGUAGCUUGAAGCACAAGCCUGGCUUAAGUCUAACUUUAUCCCUAAAAAAUCUAGCUUUACCAAAUUAAUAUUUUCCGGCCAAAAACCAGCAACACAAUAAGAAAAUAAGAAAAAGAUGAAGAUCAAUUUUUUAUUAUUUUUUUUCAGUCACACAAUGUUGGAAAGCGUCCGGGCACAAAUGAUACAGAUGGUCAACAGGCUGGGGGAACUUAUGCGCGGCGCCUAA